AAUGUUACAGGGCGGAGAUGGGGUCGGUAUUAUGUUGGGCCAAUUCAGUUCAUGGUCUGCUACGGUGCUGUUAUUGCUUCCACCCUCUUAGGAGGACAAUGCAUGAAGGCCAUUUACUUAUUAUCACAGCCCCAAGGAGACAUGAAGCUUUAUGAAUUUGUUGUGGUAUUUGGAUGUUUUAUGUUGAUUCUAGCCCAGAUCCCAUCUUUCCACUCCUUGAGACACAUCAACUUCAUUUCACUGCUUCUAUGCCUUGCUUACAGCACCUGCUCAACUGCUGCCUCCAUUUUUAUAGGAAAUUCUUCCAAUGCCCCGCCAAAGGAUUAUACCAUAAAUGGCAAUACUGAAGGUCGUGUUUUUGGGAUAUUCAACGCCAUUGCUAUCAUUGCCACAACAUUUGGAAAUGGAAUCAUUCCAGAAAUUCAGGCGACAAUUGCGGCUCCACUGAAGGGGAAGAUGUUCAAGGGACUGUGUGUUUGUUAUGCAGUGGCUACUGUAACAUUCUUCAGUGUAGCCAUCUCUAGUUAUUGGGCAUUUGGAAACCACGCCCAGGGCCUUGUUCUCACUAACUUUUUAAACGAUGGAAAACCUUUGGUGCCAAAGUGGUUCAUUUUCAUCAUCAGUAUUUUCACCAUUCUCCAACUCUCAGCCGUUGGUGUGGUUUAUUUGCAGCCAACAAAUGAAGUGAUGGAGAGAGUUUUUGCAGAUCCACAGAGCAAAGAAUUUUCUGCUCGCAACAUUAUCCCUCGAAUCAUCUUUCGAUCACUAUCUAUUGUGAUAGCAACAGCCAUAGCAGCAAUGCUUCCAUUCUUUGGAGACAUAAAUGCAGUAAAUGGAGCAUUUGGUUUCAUUCCCCUUGAUUUUAUUUUACCUGUAGUUUUCUUCAACUUAACCUUUAAGCCAUCCAAAAGGACUUUCAUUUAUUGGUUCAACGUCACCAUUGCCUUGGUUUUCUCUACAUUAGGAGUUAUAGCAGCUGUUGCAGCAGUUAGACAAGUCAUUCUUGAUGCCAAAACCUAUAAGCUAUUCGCUAAUCUAUGAACUUAAAAAGUUAUAUCGGGGUUACAUAUCGGCAGAUUAAAUAUUUUGGGAGUUUUCAGAAGAUUUUACUGAAGCUAUAAGUUGAAUCUUAAUAGAGGUAUGUGCUACAAUAUAUUUUCAAAAAAAAAGUUCAAAAUUUAAAGCAACCAGAAAGCCUUCAAACUGAUAAACACAAACUGAGCAGAGCUAUCUAAAGCAGAGUAGGAGUCAUAAUCCUAUCAUACCAAAGUGUGAUGUUAGCAGUCCUACGACGUGUUCUAUGGAAGGUUUAGUGCGUUAUAUAAAGUAGAGUAGGAGUCAUAAUCCUAUCAUACCAAAGUGUAAUAUUUAGCAGUUCUACGACAUGUUCUAUGGAGGGUUUAGCGUGUUAUAUGAUAUG